UCUGCCGGUAGUGUGGACGGGUGACAUGCUGAGCGCGAGGGAGAGGGUUUGAUCAUUUGGUGUUCACAGAGUAAGACAAAAGAGUAACAGUUAAAGCCAAGGGCAGAGGGGUAUUAACGCAGCGUUGGAGUAUAGUAGUAGGUUAAAAUAAGGAUACAGACCCUAGCUGGUUACCAAAGAAAUAGUUUACAGUUUAGGAUAACGUUUCCAGCGCACUGGUGGUGGAAAUACCGAAGACAAAGAGGAAUAUAAAAGUGUAGGUCAACUGUAAAUAGUUGAAGUAUGCAGGAUUAAUAAGCGGAGAACCAAGUGUUUUAAGAGGAGCAGCGUUACCUUACCUUUUUUGGCUGCAAGGUAAACUGCUAAUCCAGGUGGAAUAAGAACAAACCGAGAACAAAGGAAGCUGAGCAGAAAGCCAUUCAGGGUGAAGUGGAGAAUAUCUUAAGUCAGCCUAAUCGGUGGAGGAGGUAACAGCCACGAGGUAGGGGUAUGGCAGCUGUCAGUAGCCCAGAGAGCAGCGCCCAACCCCGGGUCUAUUUCCAGACACCAGCUGGCGACGAUGAGAUCCCGGUUCGGAAACAGGGCCGGGUUACUGUCAAGUACGACAGAAAAGAGCUUAGGAAGCGACUUAUCCUGGAGGAGUGGAUCUUGGAGCAGCUUAUUGAACUAUACGAUUGCGAGGAAGAAGCAAUUCCAGAACUAGAGAUUGAUGUUGACGAACUACUAGACAUGCCUAGUGAUGAAGAGCGAGGCACACGUGUAAAGGAACUGCUAGUUGACUGUUACAAACCAACAGAUAACGUCUUUCAGAGUUGUACCCUACUCCUGCAGAAAAACAUGAAAAUAAAACCACAGCACUUCUGUAUUCUACUUACCAUGCUGCAGAAGGUUAAAUGCUGAAGAAAACUGUGAAGGGUGUUUGAGAAUUCUUCCUUUUGAGACGCAACUUCCAAUUGACUUAUAAGAGGGUUGGAUAGAUUCAUGGCAGACAAAACAAAUGACAAAAACACAAUUCCAGAAUUUCCACUGGUGUAUCUGAACUUCAUUCCAGCACAUACUCUCACUUUUCACCCUUCAGAAAAUCCAGUGUACCCCUACCCGUAAUAUUU